GCUUCUGCGCAGUUUUGGACGUCUCUGGACUACYRUUCCCAACAUCGACUUCGACUACAGACACUUCAAUAUAGAAGUCAGUCCCCAUGUCUUCAAAYUCUGUCCAGUUUCGUUCAUUGGUUUCAUCAACAACUCAUAUUUCCGUCAACAUUCAUCUACUAUCAACAAAUACUAAGAAAACACCUGAGUUUGUGCCCAAAAAUGAAGGAGUUGGAGGAAAAUUAGAUGGUUCUGAUUGUCAAGUCAGUCUAUGGAUUCGUUUCGCGCUAGAUAGGAAAGUGAAGGUGCUUGAUCUGGAAUUCCUGGAGAAACCUAUCUACAAGUUGCCUUAUCGUAUUUUUAUCACUGAUUCGUUGAUGGAGCUGAGGCUGACAGGUUGUAUUGUUGAAGAAUUACCGGGACCCAUUUGCCUAAGAUCCCUCAAAAGUUUAUAUCUAGAGAAUAUUGAGUUAACUGAAGAGAAAAUGACAUGUAUUUUAUUGGGCUGUCCAUUACUCGACGAUUUGUUCCUUAUAUGGUGCUCCAAUCGAAGUAAGAUGAAUGUUAUUUCCUCGAGUGUUAAAAAAGUUGACUAUGCAUUUGUCAUGAUUUGUUGGGGCUUUUUCGAAGGUCUGUGCAUAGGAUCUCAUUUUGGACCUUAUUUUGAAGACUGGAAACGGGAGACGUUUUUCCCUGGUCUAGCAUACCAUCUUAAGAUUGUUAAUAUAAUUGGCUUUACGGGGAACUCCUAUGAGGUAGAAUUGGUGGAGUUCCUGCUUAAGAAUGCAUUAGUCUUGGAGAAGAUUGUAUUUUGCAGCCUAAAGGAACAUCAGAGUGAGAUUACCGAAGCCAAGAUGGUGGGUGCAGUAGAACAAGUAAUUCAUCGACGUUUGGUUGAGUGUGAAUCGGUUGUGAUCCAGGAGAGAUGA